AGAGUUGUAAACUACAUUUUAGGGAACAGUAGUCUAGAGCAAGACUUAAACAUGAAAUAGUCAAUUCUUGUCAUUUCGAAUGUUCUUGUUUUUAUUCAUUUCCUCCCCCAUGCAGCACUGACCACUUCACCUUUUCCUUCCUGGCUGUGUGAGACUCAGCUAAGUCACCCUUUGGGGCCUGCGCCUGGUUCUCAGGAUUAUACUCUCUCCCUGCCACCAGGCAGCCCACCCCAGCCUGCUCAGCCAUCUCCACACUCCUCUGACAGAAUGAAUGCCCUCGACGGUGUCCCCUUCAAGGUGCCCAAGGGUUUUGUGAUAAGCACAGAGCCCCUCCCUGGGCCAGAGCUCAGUGUCCCAGACUGCAGGGAGCUUCUGCUGGGUUCUAUGCACGACUUCAGCUUGGAGAAGAGGACUCUCUUCUGGGUGGAGGCUGCCAUCCGGGAACCCUGCCAGUUCCAAAGCGAUGCCCCUGGAACAGCGUCGGCCCCUCCCGCCUGGCUCUUGCUGGUCAGCCCAGAAGGCGGGCUACUGCCUGCACUUGCCACAGCCAAAGGCCUGGAGGCGCGACCCCAGGAGCUGUCCGAGGAAGAAAAGGAGGAGGAAGAGGAGGAAGAAGAGGAAGACGCCUCUUCUGUCAGCGAGGAAACGCUGGGUCCUUGCAGCCCCCAACCCAGCGCCCCAGAGAGCCCCAGCCCGGGCCAUCACCGGUACUCACUGGACGUGCUGCGCGGGGUGAGGUCAGAGCUGGCAGGGGCGCGGCGGAGGCUCUCGGAGGGCAGGAUGGCCGCCCACCCCCGCGCCUUCCUGCAGCGCAUCCGCCACCGGGCGCUGAGCCUCUGCACCAGCCAGGCGCUGCCCCGGAGCCCCACGCCCCCGCUCCCCAGUGCACCCACGCCGCCCCCGAGGCCCUCCACGGCCGGCGCCAUGCCCCCGCUGCGGAGCCACAAGCCCACGGUCCCGUCCCUCAGUCCAUACACCUGCCUGCCACCUCUUGAGCAGGCGCCCCAGCCUCUCAUGGCCCACAGAUCACACCCUGAUUCUGAUGACCUCCUAUCCGCUCUCAGCCAAGAGGAGCAAGACCUCAUCGGGCCAGUGGUCGCCCUGGGGUAUCCCAUGCAUAGGGCCAUCGCGGCUCUGCAGAAGACAGGGCGGCAGAGCCUGAGCCAGUUUCUCAGCUACCUUAGUGCCUGUGACCGUUUGCUGUGGCAGGGCUACGAGGAAGGCCUGGUGGAGGAGGCCAUGGAGAUGUUCCAGUUCUCUGAGAGCCAGGCAGGGGAGUUCCUGCGCCUCUGGGAACAGUUCAGUGAUAUGGGCUUCCAGCAGGACCGGAUCAAAGAAGUGCUGCUGGUCCAUGGCAAUCGCCGAGAGCAAGCCUUGGAGGAGCUGGUGGCCUGCGCCCAGUAACCACUGGGACACUCUGCAGUGCCCAGGCAUGCCAGGCCUGUGCUAGACCUGGCAAUCCAUUCUAACAGUAGACCACAUAAGAACAACAAAGUGAUGCUCAUUGUAACAAUGCAAACAAUGCCAAGAGUGGGAGCAAAUACUAUAGGGGAGGCAAAACUUUACCCAUCUUAGGUUUUCAGCUGGACCAAUUAACAAGAGAAAAACAGUUUAUUAAUGCAUGCAGCAUACAUCGUGCAGGAGAAACCUCAAUGAAAAGUAACUCAAAGCAGUGGUUUAUAUAGUAUCUUCAACAAAGAACAAAUAUGUAGAGAGAUAACAGGACAAAAGAAAUCGGUUUUAGGCUUCCAAGGAUGGCACACUGUUGGAAGGUAAAUAUAUGGGAAGGAACUAAUGGAAUAAGGUUUGUUUGCAGAUUCCUCUGGUGCAUCUCUGGGAGGAUAAGAACCUACCUUCAGAAAAGGAGAAUUUAUAUCCUGCCUUUAGACAGAAAGUGGGGAAAGGUAGGGAGAGCUUUUCCUACAUUUGCUGCUGCUUAAUUGCCUUCAGCUGAAAGUAAUUUUUAUGUCAAAGAGGCAUAUUUUGGGGUGACAUUCUGGUUUCCUUCAAUACCAAAUGAAUCAGCUAAAAGAACUGAAAGUGGCUGCCUAUAAGGAGGGGCAGAUGGGGGAGCAUGAACAAAGAGCUGUAUUCUUUCAUGCAAGCCUUCUUAAACUACUUGUAUUUAACUCUUUAAGCUGUGUUUAUUAGUAACUUUGAUUUUAAGAAAAUAAAACAAAAAAAUGAUGGGCAA